AUGGCAGCUCGCUAAGUGUAUUGUCGAUUGUAGCCGAAAGUGAAUAAUUAUCAUAAUGAUGGCACAGGAAGGUAUUUAAAUAAGUGAGUACAGGGACUCUUACAUAAGCAAGUUCAACGGAGGAUAGAUGAAUCAGACUCUGCAAUCUUAAAUUGCUCCUCAGGCAUGUGAUGACUUUGAGAAGAUGCAUUAUCUAACUAAAUCAAAUAGCAAUUUGAGACGUUCUGGUAACCUGCCUCCAUAGAUACCAAUAAAGACUACAAAGUAUUGGGGUGAUGGAACUGGAAGAGAUUAUUUUGUGAUAGUCAAUGAUGGGGGAUAGUGUAAUCCAUGUUAUUGGUGGGACAAUGUUGAUAUCCAGUUUCAAAGAUAACUCAGAAACUAUUAGAAGACAGGACCUUUAAGAAUUAGCAGUGCUUGUCCUUCAAAAUAAUAAGACAGGUUAGCAGAACCUAAAAAGCAGUUACAGAUUAAAUAAAGACCUCAUACUCCAAAUAUCAAGCAGGCUCAUAAAAUCUAUCAAUCUUAUCAAACUCUGAAAUAUUAGAGCAAGGCUCGUAAUUUAAGAUACAAGACACAUUAUGAUAAUUGA